AUGCUGGGCGGCAGAAAGAAGAAAAGUACUUUGAUCAAAUGCUGCCCCAUGCUUGAUGAGGAGUCGAACGAUGUCCUUGUGCCUUUGUUGAAUAGCCGUUGCCAUCGGAGUAGAGGCUCGAUCAUUAUCGGAGUAGUUGAGAUUUGCUCCACUCUCAAUCAGAAACUUGGCUAUGCCAACUUCAUGAACCCUGAUUGCCUGAUUGAGUGGUGUCCCAGAAGAUCCAACGAAGUUGACAUUCACGUUCUGCUUGAUGAGAAAUUGGACGACUCUCAAGUUGCCCUCACCGAUGGCCUUCUCAAGGACCCUCUGGCCAUCGGCUUCGUGAUGGAUAUUGGCACCUCUCUUGAUAAGGAACAUGGAGAAGUCCAGGCAGUAUCUUCGAGUGGCUACCCCAAGUGCAGUCGGGCAUGCUCCCUCACGAUUGAUCUGUGCGCCAUUCUCCAGCAGAAAUGCGCACACAUCCUCGAUAUUGGAAUUACGGAACUCGUUCCACCAUUGGUGUCUUUCGAUUGCUGCUGUAAGAGCCGUUCUUUUAUCCCAAUGGAGAUGGUUGACGUCGACUCCCUGAUCAAGCAUGUUCCGCAUCAUUUCGGUGUCCCCAUUUUCUGCCGCCGCGCGGAGUGCGUCAGGAAAAGACGGUGCCCCCAGAUCAAGAACUUGUCGAGUGACAUCGGAGGCCCCCAGUCUCAAGGCGUCAGCUAG